AUGAGCUUGUUGAAGAUAUACAAGUUCUUCUUGCAUGGGCUGUUGAGGCUCGUAGGGUUAAGCCCCAGGAAGAUAGAGAUCGAACCCGGCACCGUCGUGAACGUUUGGGGUCCGAACAAACCCUCCAAAAAGCCUGCCCUAGUCUUCAUCCAUGGCUUCGGCUUGGACGGUAUGCUGACGUGGCAGUUCCAAGUCUUUGCUUUCGCCAGAGACUACUCCGUUUUUGUCCCGGAUUUGGUCUUCUUCGGCGGUUCCGUCACCGACAAGGCGGAGAGGUCGGCGGCGUUUCAAGCCGAGUGCAUGGCCAAGGCAUUGAGAAAGUUGGGUGUUGACAAGUGUACGGUGGUGGGAUUGAGCUAUGGAGGGAUAGUGAGCUUCAAGAUGGCCGAGUUGUACCCUGAGUUGGUCCAGUCCAUGGUGGUGAGCGGCUCGGUCAUGGCGGUGACUCAGUCGAUCCACGACGCCGGACUCGAGCGCCUCGGAAUCUCUAGCUGGCAUGAUUUUCUGCUUCCUGUCUCGGCCGAGGGCCUUGAGAGCGUUACUCAAGCUACUUGUUACAAGCCAUCAAAAUUGCCUAAAUUCGUUUACAAAGAUAUUCUGGUUGAGGAAAUAUAUAUCUGGUCUAAUUAUGAAUUUAAUCCUUCAUAA